GAGAGAGAUCUGCACUUUUCUUCUCAUUUAAAGUUUUCCACCUCCGUCUCUGUCAUUCACCGGAAACCGCGCAGCUGCUACAGAAACGCGCCCCGCCGCUGAUCUUACAGCGAAGCUCCCACUCAUCCACUCACGCAGGGAUCUUCUCCUCCACUGUUUUUUUUAUGAUUGUUCUUCUCUCUGCUGCACCAUGAGCGCUGAAUGCAGCAGCUACUACAGCGCAGACGGGCUGUUUGUGGACGCCUUCUCCUGCCCCAAACCUGGAAAUGCUGCUGCUGCGGUCUACUGCUGUGGAUUUAAUGAUGUCAAGUACUGCUGUGAUGAUCCCAACAGUUUUUUCCCGUAUGAGUACGGAUACAUGUGGUGGCUGAGUAUCGGUGCUCUGGUUGGUCUGUCCAUAGCAGCAGUCGUCCUCCUCGCCUUCCUCAUCACUGUAUGUGUCCUAUGCUACCUCUUUAUCGCCACCAAACCCAGUCGUCUUGACAAUGGCCUACCCCUAAGAGCUCCAGCAGGCGAUCCCAAUGAGGGACCCAGUCAUGUGAGAGUGACCUCUGGUCCGCAAGGAUUCAGAAAACACUUAAUGAGCAGGAAGCUGGACUGUGCCAAUCAGCCGCCGGAACCUGAUCGCCUUUUCCAGAAAUGUUUCACAGCUACAGUCACUGGUGUAAAAGUGGAAAGUCCCUCAUAAGCCACUGAAAAAAACACCCUGUUUACAAACAGAACCAGCAGUGCACAAGUCAAACAGACAAGUGAAUGUGGAGGCAACCUGAGCUUGAAGUGGACCAACACAAGUAGAAGGAGAACAACGGUAACUGACAAAUUGUGCAAUAGAGUAAUGGCAAUUGAGUGGAAUGAUCAAUGACGGAAAAAAAACCACUGCUGCAGACCAGUCUGAUAAAGCAUACUGGCCUUGAUGAGCUUGAAUGAUGAGUGGCCUCCACAUGAGUGGAAAUGAGUCAUUCUCCAUCUUCUUGGAGGUCAUUACAUACAACUGGCAAACUUAAAGCCAAAGCAACACUGUUGAGUCUUUAAGGAAAACUCUAGAGCAGGCCAACUGAAGGACCAGUUUACAUUAAGGAUGUACAACUUCAUGUGGAUUCAGGUUUGAUGCUGAAGAUGUAGCAAAUGGCAAGCAAAAUAUAUGGCAACACAACUGCAGCAUCUGUGCAGCUCGUAUGUAAAGUCAGGAUUGAACAUUGUGCAGCUGAGCGCUGUUGAUUUAUAGCUAUCUGCUACAUUUCACUCAGGGACUGAUGGAUUUGUGAGGAGAACCUGCAAUGUGAUAAGACUGUCCGAAAAAUGGACAAAACAAACUACCAAAACAUCACCAUCAGUUGUUUGUUAAAAUGCUUAUGUAAAUUAUUUUUUAUUUUUCAGUGACAAGCAACCUCGUGUAAAUGUCCAUGUGGUGACCGGAGGCUGGGGUGGAUGGUUGGGUACGUCUAACUUUCACACAGGAGCCUAUGAUUUUCAUUUUGUCUGUUACCAACAGUCAGUUGUUUUCUUUAAAGCAUGAAGAACCACGGUGUUUUCAAAAUCUGGAGGGCAUAUAAGUGCAGACCAUUUACCAUGUGAGAUCGCUCCACAGAAAUUUUUUUUUACCUUUUCAACCUUGAGUCAUUCCUGACCAGGCAGUUUCGCAAUCAUUUACACCUGAGGUCAUGAGAGUCUUGGGUCAGUAAUGGUACAUUAGCCAUGUGAGUUGGUGGUGACGCAAUAUAUCUAGGACUCAGUCAGAAAUGAAGAAGCCUCCUGGAUGAGAGAUGAAACAUCUUCAAGAAUCAAAAAGAGAAGUCCAGUUGCUAUUUGUCGAAGCUCUACUGAAGACCUGGACGACUGAGAAUUUGCACUGAAACCAGAGACAGUAUCACUGAAAGCUACUAGUCAGCUGAUAGCCUGGUGAACACACAACACUGUCUCCAAAAAAUGACAUUCCUAUACAACUAAACUGCACUAAACUAGAUGGGAAAUGAAAUUUUGUUUAGAAAUAAACAUAAUUUGUGACCUGUGAUGUGGUGGGAAAGGUUGCUUGUUUAAAAAAGUCCAUAUUACUAGUCAACAGGGGUUGUUGGUGGCAUAAACCAGCAAUCACACUUUCACCCAGAGGAGCAGGAUUUGUAUCCUGUGAUGGCCAAGAGAGCAUCAAUCUCACAAUUAAGUUUUAUUUUCUGUCAUAGUUCACUUUCUGUUUUCACUUGCUUUCUGGUUAGGUUUAGGUACAAAAACUACAAGGUUAUGUUUGGGAAAAUAUCACACUUUGUUAGAUACUUUUACAUGUUAGAAGCUUGGUUAAGAUUUGGCGCCAAAAUGACAUGGGUGGGGUUUGGAAACAUGUCAUGGUUAAUGUUAAAAUAGGACCCUUUUACUCCAUGUUUGAAGAUUCUCCUCCAUUUCCUGGGGUGACUAGUACGUGAUUGGUUGGCUAAAACAGAGUGACAGUGAGGCAGUAAAAUGAAAGGCAUAAAUGUGUUGAUUAGAAACAUAUUUGUGAUAGGCUAUGAGCAAUAUGCUCCCUUUAUAAUAAUUUAUUGAAAAUGCCCUUAAGAUGCAUAGGAAAGUUAUUUUGUUGAGAAGAAUAAGACAGCAAUUGUGGAGCAUGAAUGAAACUCUGCCUCAGAUAACGCCAUGAUUCAAUAGUUUUACAAAGAAGAGUUACACUCAGAGGGAUUUAAGUGGCACAUAAAAGUACCAUAACCUUCUUCUACCAUUCAUUUGACUGGAUCAAGUCUUGUGAUGAACGGGGAAUCACCGGGAAAGUGCUCAAAUUAAAAAGAUGAACCUGGUUCAAUGAAAUUCAAUUCAAUUCCCUGAAUGUCAGAAAUAGACACCAUGAGAUAGUAACUAAUUCUUCUAAUCGAUAAACAAUGAGAAGUUUGCCUUUUAGCAUCUGCUUUAUGUUGGGAAAGGGUGUAUUUUAACCCAAACCAUGAACUUUUCCUGAACAUAUCCAAGUAGUUUUAGUAGUUAAAACAAAAUGAAAAACAACAAGUACAAAUAAAACCCAAGUGUCAAAAUGAAUCUGAGUGUAAAAAUAAUGGUAUGACACAGGAUACAAACCUCUGUCUCCUGGGUGAAAGUAUGAUACCACCCCUCCGACCUACCUAUCCAAUAUAUCUAUGUUGCUUUUUUAAACUGGGAAAACUUUAUUGACAUGGGUGGAGCCACCACUAAAGGACACCUUGUGUAUUUAAGAUAAACAGUUGAAGGAAACAGUAGUUUUUGAGGCACUGGGAAGGAGAAUGGGUUGAAAGAAUCAUUUACUCACUGGAUGUAGAAUGUAGUUACAUGGCCGCCAUUUCUGCCAUCCCCUUCUGCUAUCUGGGUGUCACUGUCACACAGCCUACACACUAAAAAGGGCUAGCGUUGAUGAAGUUUUGCUAGUGCGGUAAGCGGUCUUGCGCUGUUCUUUCAAGUGAAUUAUACAUUUUAAUGGGUGUUCACCUUCUUGUGUGCAAAAACAAAACAAAUUCUAUUUUGCAGGGGCACCAGUGCUGCACCCUGGGCUUAGCACCCAGCAUUUCUUUUAACCACGAUCGUUCCAUAACCUCAGCUGUGUGCUGCCUGUUGUAUCAAUGACAAUGGACGUUACUGUGCCUAAGCCUAACUACACAGAGGUGAAAAAUAUGUGUGAUGAAAGAUGUAAGAUUUUCAGGACAAACACAAAGCUUUCUGUCCACUGUGCCAUUCAGCUUUAACUCAAAGAUUCCACAAUAACCAACAAGUGAUCUAUUCUAUUUGUAGGAAACAUACAAUAAGAAGGAAGUUAUAGACUAAACUUCUUUUGCCAAAUACGGUAUGACAUAUACAGCAUAUAUGUAGUAUACAGUUUGUUUUAAUCAGGACUAACUCCUUUCAAAAUAGAUAGCAUAGUAAACUGCAGCAUGUGCUUCUCUGACCUUCUAACUUUUGACUGAGGAGUUCUUGCUUUACAGUGUAAGUGUAUAUAAGAAGGCAUUUAUGAGAAAAAGCUGCAUUUCUGUGGACCCACUAACACACUGUGCUCUGUUUAUACCGGAUGGUCAACUUCAAGUGCCCUUCUUUUCUUUAAACUCUGAAUUGUAGCAUAAAUAUUUCUAAAUUCAUGAAAAAUGUCUCAUAUGUUUGAUUACAUUUUGUUUUUGUACUCGGAAGAAAAGUGACUAAUUUUUAAUUUGUUCACCAGGUUUGCUCCUUUGUUAACAGUCUGUUAUUUUGUCAGUUAGAAUACGCUGCAAAACGAACUUUUCAAACAACAGAACAACAGAAAGGGCCUCAUUUAACAGUGUGUUUCUGUACAAAUGUGUGUACUUAUUACCUUAUGACCUCCUGCAAUCAAUGGCCUGCUGACUGGUCAAAGGUUCGGAGGCAGAAAAUUUCUUUUGUAGCCCACUGAUGCAUUUGUUCCUCACCUCCGUUUGUUAUGUGCAUGAAGCAAGUCACAGAGACUAUGUUUCUGCUAAAAUGCAAACAUGAGCUCCAUGUGCAGUUCAAAGAAUGAAAGAGGAAGACAGGAGGGAUGGUUCAGUUUAUUUUCAUAUAAUGUCUGUACGUUUGAUCGCUUUUCAAAUGCAUUCCAUGAAUGUACACACUGAUUUAUUCACACCGUCCUUGAAAGAGCAUCAAUAAAAUCAGAAUCAAAGCACACAGCCUGAUUAUUAUGCUGUUUUGCCGCCAUUUCAGUGAUCAACAGUACAGAUGUCAUGUUGUGUGAAAGCAACAGACAAGUUUCAGCUGAUAUCAUGUAUAUAGCAAGAUUUUAUCGCUCAUCCACUCCGAUAUACACAAACCUAUGCCGUCUACAAAUGAAUUCAACACAGACAAUGAUAAUGCCAGUUAAAUUUUAAACUGCACUGACAUUAUUUAUCUCCUUCUGUGUAUUUUUUGAUGGUUUCUUGAAAGGUUUCUCUGCACAAACCUAUUUUUCAAAGACAGAUAGACCAACAGCUCCCCUGCCAAGCUGAUGCUUUGUGUGAAACACUUCCAGCUGAGCAGCCCUGAACAUGACACCUUCCUUUGGCUGUCUUUCUGUUUUUAAAGCCCGCUGAAGCGUUUAAGAGAAAAAAGAUUAGAAGGGUCACUGAGACUUCAAAUUAGAUGCUUUCCUGGCUUUGGGUUCCUAAUCUUUCCUCUGCAGAGAGGCAGAGUCUUGGAGAUGACAGUGACAAGAUGCUCUCUCUGAUCAUUGCAGUUACCUUAUUUUCUUGGGUCUAAGAUAAAGCAUUUAAUAUAGAUCCAGCAGCUCUCAAUGACAAAUUUUAGCACAUUUUAGGAUCAUAAGUAUCAGAUUUUGUUCAGCUCCAACAAGAAGCCAAAUGAGGAAGGCUAUUAUGGGUUAAUAUGCAAUCUUCCUUUUCAGACUAACUGCACAAUAAUCUGCACAUGAGGUGAGAAAUGUGUUGUAAUAGAGAACAACUUGACUUGGCAAACCUCCAUUCACAUCUACUUGCUUCAGACCAACCAGAGUGUUAUUAAGUUAUAGAAAUAUAUUAUAGGGAGGUGAUGAGAAUUAACUGUUAAAUGGAAAUGGAGCAGUGUAAAAUGAGCUCCGUAUGUUUUUGUCUGCAUUAAGCUUUUUACAGAUGUUUGCCAUAAUAGCAGGAGUUUGAACAGACCAGUGGGACAUGUCUGGUACUGGUUUGUACCAUUCAAGAGUAAAUGGCCUUAAAACUGACAUAUAUAAGUAAUAGUUUCUGUAUUUGUACCUUGUUUUAGUUAUUUGCAUCUAAACGCUGCUCAUAUGUCAAAUUGGUGAAGAUAUUUUCUAAAACCGGCCUUGGUGAAUUUUUACAAGAACUCUUUUUACAAGAAAUGGAUUGAAUCUAAUAGGCUGACACAAAAAGUGCUAAUGCAUUAUACGCACAUUAUGAACCACUAAUAUCAAAGGCUUUAAUGCCAUCUCAUUAAGUGAAUAGAAAACUGGGAGCUAAGGGACUGUGCACAAAUUAUUACCAUGAAGAGACAUCAAACAUCCUGUUGGUGGAGAUGUUAAAAAUAUCAGUAAGUAUAUGCAAAUGACGGUUCUAGAGUUCACUUAACAAUAUGCAGAGGCAACAGUAAAAAAAAAAAAAAAAAAAAAAAAAAAAAAGGGUCUUCUUUCACUUUCAUUUGCA